UUGUAAAAUGGGAAAAAGUACCAAAACUACAGUAAAAAAACAAAAAGGAAAACAAAUCAAAGAUAAAGAAGAAUUUUUAAAAUCUGAUGUAUUUUCAACUGAUAAAAAGUAUUGGCUAAUUGUAGCUUUACUUGCUAUUGUUUCUGGCUAUUUAAGUAGUCAACAUGUAUCUAAUAUGUUUGAAAAUCAAAAGCAGUUCUCCCAUUUAUCAACUCUCGAGAGAGAAUUAUCGUUUCGCACUGAAAUGGGUUUGUACUACUCUUAUUAUAAGACUAUAGCAGAAGCUCCAACUUACAUGAGUGGAGUUAGGAAGAUUUUGAAAUGUAAUAUUACUGAGUAUCCUGAUGAAAUCAACGUGUUGCGAAGGUUUAACUUGUAUCCAGAAUUAGUACUUGGAACAAUGUUUAGAAUAUAUAAAUGGUAUGGAAAAUUGUUUAACAUGAGGUUGGAAACUUGUUAUACAAUAAAUCGGGGCGAAGGACUUAGCCAAGUACAGAGUUGUGUAGGAAUGGGUGAUAUUGCUCAUUUUUAUGUUUAUCCAAUAUUUUGGUUGAAUGGAUUGAUGCUAUCUGCAUUUUUUAUUUUGGGAACAUAUAUUAGUGGAAGUAUAUUGGGCGGAGCAAUAUCUGUUAUUUGUUUUUUCUACAAUUGGGGUGAGGCAACACGAGUCCAAUGGACACCUCCUCUCCGUGAAAGUUUUUCGUUUCCAUUUCUUAUUGCUCAGCUGCUGACUAUUGUCCAUUUGUUAAAAUGUCCAUCACCAAAUCUUAGACAUAGCGUUUUGUUAUCAAUUAUUACUACUUGUUUCAUGCUUCCUUGGCAAUUUGCACAGUUUGCUUUAUUAACUCAGGUGUGUGCGAUCUUUGGUUUAUAUCUGUUGAAAUUUAUUGAUUCUAAAAGGAUAACAAUUAUUUUAUAUGGACUUUUAUUAUCUCAUUAUUUAAAUUUCGUAUUUCAAUUGGCUAACACAUUGUUAAUCAGUUCAUUUUUUAUGGCUGCCAUGAUAUCUGCAUUGGUUGUUAUCAAGUUAGAGGUUUAUUUUGAAAAAUUACCUCAUCGCAUUUUAAUUUGGGUAUCACAAGCUGGUUUUUUUUUGUUCAUGUCUGUUGUCAUCAAAGUUGGUACUGCUAAGCUGUUUCAAAUUAAAGAUGAUGCUCAUAUUUUUGAUAUUCUAAAAUCCAAGUUUUCUGACUUUAAAGAUUUCCAUACUUUGCUUUAUGUCUGUGCUCCUGAGUUUGAUUUUUUAGGUUUUGAGUAUGCAAAUAAUGUAUCAAAGACUUUGCUUCUUCCAACUGCAAUUUUUGUUGGUUUUGUUGUGUUAGUUAAAAUUUUAAUUAAUGAAUGGAAGUAUUGGAUUUGUAAUGAAAAGAUUAUGGAGAAUAGUGAAUGCCCUACCAAACCUUACACAGAGCAUUUUUACUGGUUGCUACAAACUGUGGCUUUUAUGAUUAUGUCUGUGAUGAUAAUGCGAUUGAAACUAUUUGGGACGCCUUCACUUUGCAUUCUUGCAAGUCUUCUAGCCUCAAAACAAAUAUUUGGGUUCAUUGGGCAGAGGUCUGUUCAGUACUCUGUUAUAUUUUUAUUGCUGGCUGGGAUGACUUAUCAAGGCUACAAGAACUUAAAUCAUCAGUUUAGUAUGAAAGGAUCAUACAGUAAUGUUGAAAUGGAAAAUCUGAUUGAAUGGAUUAAUGCAAACACUGAACCCGAUGCUGUGUUUGCUGGUGCAAUGCCAACUAUGGCAGGAAUAAAACUGUCUUGUAAUCGACCUAUUGUUAACCAUCCUCAUUAUGAAGAUGUUGGAUUAAGAGAACGUACUAAACGAGUGUAUCAAAUGUAUAGUCGAAAAAAACCAUCCUAUUAUCAUAAGGAAAUGAUUGAUAUGGGCGUCACGUAUGUUAUAUUAGAAACUUCAUGGUGUAAUCGAAGGCAAAGAGAAGGGUGUGGUCUGCCUGAGGUAUGGGAUAAUGAAGAUUUUGAAAACCUUGGAAGACCCGCGUUAUGCAAUGUCUUGUCGGAAAAUCCCCGACCAUUUCAUAGAGUUUGGACAAAUGGUGUUUACCAAGUUUUAAAAGUUUAAUGUUUUAUUCAGUUAAAGUAUUCUGAUCAAUGAGCUGUUUAUUGCUUUUUAAAAAUUUUAAAGGGAUAAUUUUAACUAGUUUUGGACAUGUUUCUAAAAUUUGUAAAUCUAGAAUAUGCUUCACAAUUAAAGUAAUAAUUUAACUUUUUUUUAUGUGAUAAUAACAAAAAAAAAUGUUUGCAGUUUGUAUGCAAUUUUAUAACUACUAUUUACUUGUUGCACGUUUUACUUUUUAUAUUUUCUUUGUUAAUUUACUAUUUAUUAGGAAUUUUUGAAAUUGCGAACAUCUAUUUAAUGUUUUUAAUUUAUCUGAGUUUUAUACUUGUAACUUUUGACAAUGAAUUAAAAGAACAAAACAUUC